ACUAACAAGACAACUACAAAUAAUUUACAAUUACAACUUACAAUUUAAUUCUUAUACCAAUACAUCCAAAGAUAUCAGACCAAUCUGAAGGCCAAUAUGGCUUCAGACGCCGCUGUUGAGGUCUCUGAACCUCAACCGCAACCCUUCACUGCGAACAAGCUCGAACCCGCAAAACGAAGGAACAGAACAACCUCAUCCGCGACCUCCACACCCACCCAUGUGAACUCAGACCACGCCGCAGGUGAAUCCAACUCUCACGGCUCCAAAUCCAAAGGUCCCUACGAACCCCAACCCGAGCCCUUCGACGCCACCAAGCUCGAACCAGCCCGCAAACGCCGCCGCUCCUCCAUCUCCCCCUCCCGCUCCACCCCCCGCCGCGACGAGCGUCCCUCCUCCCCCAAACCCGUCGCCGCAGCACACCCAGCAAACACCGGCGACGACGACGACGAAGACCGUCCCCGCAAGAAACGCCCCACCGGCCGCGCACGCAUCACCGACAGCGAGCGUGACGAGAUCCGGCAGCGCCAGCAGCAGCGCGAGAAGGAGCACCGUGAUGCCGUCGCAGCACACAACGCGCGCGGUGUUCAUGAUGCGGUGACGCAGCAUUAUAACGCCGUGCCUGAGCGUGGCCGCGACUGGCGCCGCACAGACAGCCAUAUCAAGGGGCUUCGCAGCUUCAAUAACUGGAUCAAGAGCACCAUUAUCCAGAAGUUCUCGCCGAGUGAGGACUUCACUCCUGGUGGACAGCAGCCAGUGUAUGGUGCCCCACCAGUGAAGGGGCUGUUGGUGCUGGAUAUGGGGUGUGGAAAGGGGGGGGAUCUAGGGAAGUGGCAGCAGGCGCCUCAGCCUGUGGAUCUUUACGUCGGUCUCGACCCGGCCGAUGUGUCUAUCGGACAGGCACGUGAGCGGUACAGCCAGAUGGCUAGCCGUGGUGGCGGCGGCAGAGGCGGCCGUGGUGGACGCGGCGGGUACAACAACCGUCCCCCACCCCGCCUAUUCCACGGCGAGUUCGCAGUGCAAGACUGCUUCGGGGAGUCCAUCGAGAAAGUGCCUAUUGUGCGGGAAGUCGGCUUUGACGCCUCAGGCGGCCCGUCCCGCUUCAGCGGUGGCCAGUUCGACGUCGUCAGCAUGAUGUUCGCGAUGCACUAUGCCUUCCAGUCCGAGCACAAGGCUCGCAUAAUGCUGAAGAAUGUGGCUGGCGCCCUCAAGAAGGGGGGGAGGUUCAUUGGCUGUAUCCCGGACUCUGAUGUUCUGAGUGCGCGCGUAGUGGAAUUCAAUGAGCGCCAGGCUGCUAAGAAGGCCGCAGCGCCAGCUCCGGCCGAUGGCGCGGCAGAGGGGAAACCUUCAGCUGCUGUUUCUGCCGAUGGCGCUGCGCCAGCGGAUCUGGACGAGGGUGAGAUCGCCGGGACGGCCGAGUGGGGCAACGACAUAUACCGCGUGCGCUUCGCGGAUCAAACUCCCGCCGACGGCGUGUUCCGCCCCCCUUUCGGGUGGAAGUACAACUUCUUCCUCCACGAGGCUGUCGAGGAGGUGCCCGAGUACGUGGUCCCGUGGGAGGCGUUCCGUGCUAUCGCUGAGGACUACAACCUCGAGAUGCAGUACCACAAGUCGUUUGGUGAGAUCUGGCGCGCGGAGAAGGACGAUCCGGUGUUGGGACCGUUGAGUGAAAGAAUGGGGGUUAGGGGACGAGGGGGUGGGGGCUUGUUGGUGAGUGAUGAGGAGAUGGAGGCGGCGGAGUUUUAUGUGGCGUUUUGCUUUUAUAAGGUGUAGGGUUGUGAGAUGUUGCUUAGUAGGAUUUACAUUACUUAGUGGAGGUUAAAUCUGAGACCAUGCUUAUAUGGAUAGAGAAAAAAAGCGCACUCAUACCCUGGGAAUAAGGGGGAGAGUAUCUUUUAAGGGGCGAUAAAAUCGUUACUGACGGCGUUUUGGUAUGGAAAGCAUAGCAUAUGGGUGAUUUUUGCGAACUCUAGUCACUGACCUGAAAAUACAAAAC